AUGGACGGAUACGAUGCUCCCGCCAUGCGGUUCUCCACGGAGAACGACUAUGAGGGCGGAGAGUUUGGUGAAGAUGGCGAGUUCUACGCGCUGGGGCAGAAGAAGGGAAAGAGGCAGAGCAAGAACUCAGCGAUCUAUGGCGUGUUCCAUGAAGACAGCGACGAGGACGAUGGGGGAGCGUUCAAGAAGAGCUACUCGGCCCCGAUGGGCUUCGUGAGCGGAGGGCUGAAGGGAAGCGAGCUGAACAAGGAGGAGAAGAGCGACGAGGAGGGCAGCGGAGGAUCGUAUGAGAGCGACGAGGGCGACGAGGAUCAGCAUGUGGGUCUGGGAGCGAGGAGAAGGUUUGGCAAGCGGAAGGAGGAGGAGGAGGAGGAGGAGGAGCGGGUGCCGCAGCGGGAGGCAGAGCUACCUACCUCUUUCGGAGCGCAGAAGGAGAAGGAGGAGAAGAAGCCGGCGAGCAAGGACGUUGACUAUGAAUCUCUCCAUCGCCUCAAGUCCAUGGAUGCGGGAGGAAAAGCGUUCAAGAUGCUGCAGAAGAUGGGGUACAAGGGAGGAGGGUUGGGCAAGGACGGGUCGGGUAUUUCCAAGGCCAUUGAGGCCAAGAAACGCGUGAAGCUGGAGGGUCUAGGAGUGCGGCCGGAGCACAAACAGGAGCUGAAGAAGGAGAAGGAGGAGGAGGAGGAGGGGAAGAAGAAGAAGAAGAAGAUCAAGAGGGAGUACAACUGGAAGAUAGACGUAGGGGACGUGAAGCCUAAGAAGAAGAAGAAAGUUUACAAGACAGCAGAAGAGAUCCAGGAGGAGGCGGAGGAGCUGGGGGCUGGGAGCCUUGGGGGCGGGGAGCCGAAGCAUGUUGCGAUUGUGGACAUGCGAGGAAAACAGGCCAAGCUGGUGACUGGAGGACAAAUAGGAGCAUUUGAAGAUGUCGAUGCAGACGAAGCUUUCACUCUCCCUCUUGUUCACAACAUCGCAGUGCUGGUCGAGGGCGCAGAGAAUGACAUCUUUAGAACACAAAGGAUUCUUAACACAGAGAAGGACAACAUGAUAACUUUAGAGCAUGAGAAGGAAGUUGUUGAGAACAGGUUGAAGGAGCAGGAGUAUCACCUGACUCGUCUUGAAGAAGUCAUCGCAAUGAUCGACAGGUCUACCAUCGUUCCAUGUCAAGACAAGAGAUGA